UUCAGCAUUCUUGCCCUGCCUUCAGUCUGCCAACUGGCUUGGUUGACAACGGCUGGUGACCCAAGGAGCUGCUGAUAGACGCGUACUAGCCAUCUCUCAACAACUUCUUGAAUCAGCUAUUUCCACAGGUGUUCGAAAGAAGAUGAGUUUUUACAGAAGGCUUCGUUCCUUUUUCCAAAGACUCGCCUCUAGGGAGCACAGAGAGAUCCAUGUGCACAAAGUGCUUGUCCAACCUGUAGCAAUGGGGGCAUGCUCUGACAUUAGCCAGCAAGAACAAGCCUUGCCAGAGAAGCCCCAGAGAAGGAAAUGUUCAUGGUCCAUCCUGUCAGGCAUGAAAAGACUUUGUGUCUGUAGCCAAUCUGACACCUCGAUGGCAGACAGGGAUGAGGAGAGAACAAUUUCCUCACAAAGAAGGUGGAGGCACUUGUCCCGGAAGAAGAUAGCAGCUGAGAACCAGGUGGAGUCAGAGGAGGUGAAGCUGCAGGAGGAUACAGGGAAAGUUGAACUGGAUCCUACAGGGAUGAAGAAGGAGGCGUCGGAGUCGCAGGGGAAGUGGGAAGAAGGGAGCCCAGAAGAGCAGGAAGAAGAGCGCACUCCCACCCCCUCAUUACCAAGCACCUCCCAUAUGACCAUGACCCCCGGGGAGCAGCUUCCCUCAGCCCAGCUCCAAGCCCUGCUGAUGAGAGCUGUGAAGGGUCUGACGACACCCACCCUGGAGCGAUUUCAAGCCGCCGAGGAAGAGCUGAGGACCAUCGUAUCUCUACACGGAGACAAGAUGGAGAGAGUUGGAGACGUCGUGGGACGUAUCUUAAUCUGGCUGGACAACGUCUGUCAUCCCAGAGCCAGAAAAGCAGCGCUGAGGGCCACAGCCUUGCUGGCUCGUUCCCACCCCCAGGACGUGGUUCUGAGCUGUGUGGCACACACGCUGUCCUCGGACAGAUGUGCCAUUGAGCUGUGGAAGGCCUUGGGGGAAGAACCACGGCUCCCCAGGGAGGUGCUGCAGCAGCUGCUGGACAAGCUCCAGCAGAGACGCCGGGAGGAGAAGAGCGGCAAUGUGUCCCUGGCUGCAAUGAGGACCAUUUACGAGGUCCUUUUCCUAUGGAGAUACCGAGAAGCCAUCCUGGAAAUGUAUCCCCAGAUGCUCAUCCUCUGCAUCAGGCAAGUGCAGUAUGUGAUGGAUCUGCACUUGCCAGGGACCUACAUGGCCAGCAUGACAUCCAGCCCCGAGGAGGGAUCCAGCUGCCUCAACCCCCUAAGCACGUCGGUGGAGGCUGUGAAGACUCUUUUUUCCAUGCCCGGAUACUGGAAGGAAUUUGCCAGCAUCCAAUUUCAGCAGGGUUGGGACAUGAUAUCUUCACGAUAUUACUAUUCGCAGGGUGUUGGCCUGAUUGCAAGAGCCAUGAUAGAGUUUGAGAACCCUCAGCUCCCUGCCGUCUUCAGAGAAGCCGUCACCAUUGUCCAAAGGGAGAAGGAGGAGGAGCAGAGAAAUAUUGCCAUGACUUUCUGCACUGAGUUUCUCCAGAGUCCUUCCAUUGAGACAAUAAUGACAAAAUCAGAGCUCCAGGCGCAGCUCAUGGAAUGGACCCAAGAUAAAAAUCCCAUUGUACGUCGGCUCAGUCUGCGAGGCCUUGGCAGUAUUGUGCUCCAGCCAAAAAAGGUGCAAUCGUUACGGGCCCAGCUGCCAGCGAUCAUGGACAUGUUCUGUGACAAGGACGGAGUGCGUGUCAUGGGGGCCAUGCAUCAAGCUGGACACAUCAUCUACCUCCUGAAUGGGGAGGGGCUUGGAUCCAUCUCCCAGGACAUUGCAGUCAGCCUUCGCCCCUUCAUUGAUGACGAGAGGGGCAGUGUGCGCUCCGCUGCCAUUUUACUGCUUGGCAACGUGGUGAGCAGCGUGAAGGACCCAGACAAACCCAUCGUGCAGCAGAAAAUGAUCCACUGCUUGCUCCCGCUCCUGCUGCACCUUGAAGACCGGGAUGAGAGUGUGACACUGAGAUGCAAACUGACGCUCUUCCGCUGCGCAGUGUUUCUCAGGUGGGCUCAUUUGAAGAUGCUGUUCCGCAGCAUGGCCUGGGAUGGCUCCACACAGCUCAUGAAGUGUGCCUGGAAGUGCUUGAUGCAGAACAACAAGAGCCACAUCCCCAAAUUCCUGUUCCAGGCCUUAGAGUACCUGGAAAGCUCACAGACAACAAUCAGACAUUCUGCAGCCCUGUUCAUUGGAAAUACUAUCCACCAUUACUGUGACUUGUUGUCUGAAACAGUGACUGAAGAUGGCAUCUCCCGCCUGUAUGAAGCUUUUCAGGAAGUGCCUUUGACAUGUGACAGGACCACAGGGCACAUCCUCAAUAGAUAUUACAAAUGGCUGCAGAAGCUUGGAAAUCUCAUGUCGGGUUCCGCAUUCGACUAGGGAACCGGGACCGACACAGAAGACCUCUUUGUCCUGCUAUGAGGCUAACAGGAGCCAACUGAGCCCACCACUGAUCACAUCUCUUGGGAGACGCCAAAGCAGCUGUUGCAUGGGAAGGAGGAGAGAGAAGAGGCAGAGCAGGAUGUGCCGGGGUGCACCAGGCACACAUAACCUCACAGUCUAGGCGGUGGAAGCCAAGCCCCUCCCCAACCCUGCCGGACAUGCUACAACUGGAGCACCAGUGUGACAGGGAGCAGCUCAGCUCAGUCUAGGCAGAUGCCGAAAAUGGAGGAUGCACAUUGUAGGCUCCAGUCCAGAAGCAGCUGAAGCCCCUGACUGCAGAGCCCCGAGGUGCUGAGACCCAACCCCAUCCCCAGGUGCCUGCAGACGUGCAAGGGAGCUCGGAGUCUCUGGGAGAUUCCCACGCCGGGAGCCCAGAGACCCCCAGCCCAUGGCCUAGAGACAUCUCGUAGGAAGUAACCUGGGAGAACUAGCCACCGUCAUGCUGACGUCAGAUGUUCUGGCUGGAU